UCCUUAUUGUUGAUUUUUGUACUGACGAUGAUUGGUUUACAAUACAUAUUUCCUCACGAUGUCUCAGCACUGACAUACUAUAAAAGGGUAGGACCUACCCCAGAUAGAAGCAUAGACAAUCAGUAAGAGCUUAGCAAAGUCACUCCCACUAACCAGCGUGCUGUGAAGAGGUCCAGACUGCAAAAGGAACAAGUGUCACAGACAUCCCUGGUAGGAAUUUAACUAAACAAAUAGGAUCAAGUGAUUGAAAACUCGGCCAGAUUUUCCUCUUGCCCUCAACACAAACUUGAAGUUCCUGACAAGGCGCCUGCAGAAGCAUGGACAAAUGGGGAUAUGCGGAGCACAAUGGUCCUGCAGUGUGGCAUGAAUUAUUUCCCCUUGCCAAUGGAGAGCGUCAGUCACCUAUCAAUAUCAUAACUAAAGAUGCUAUAUACGACCCCAGCUUGAAACCUCUCCACGUCGACUAUGAUGCAUCCUCGGCGAAAGUUAUUAUCAACAGUGGUCAUUCAUUCAGUGUGGAAUUUGACGACGCAGAAGACAAAUCAGUGUUAAGUGGAGGACCGCUUCAUGGAAGCUACAGAUUGCGUCAGUUUCAUUUUCACUGGGGGCCAAGUGAUGACCGUGGAGCUGAGCAUAAGGUGGAUGGUAAAGACUACCCAGCAGAGCUGCACAUUGUUCACUGGAAUUCAGAAAAGUAUUCAACUUUUGUGGAGGCUGUUUUCCAGCCGGACGGGCUGGGUGUUUUGGGGGUACAUUUAAAGAUUGGAGACCACAACAAAAGCAUAGAGAGAAUAACAGAUGUGCUUGAUGCUAUCAACGCUAAGGACAAGCAGUCAUCCUUCACCAACUUUACUCCAUCCAGUCUGCUUCCUGACCGCCUGGAUUUCUGGACCUACCCUGGGUCACUUACUGUUCCUCCCCUACUAGAGACUGUCACUUGGAUUUUUCUAAAGGAACCAAUAACAGUCAGCUCCAGACAGCUAUCCAAAUUCCGCAGCCUGUUGAGCACCAGGGAAACAGAUGGCGAUGCAUCCUGCUGCAUGGAAAGCAACCACCGUCCUGUCCAGCCACUCAAAGGGAGGAAAGUCAGAGCAUCUUUCCAGUAGAUAACCCUCAUGCCCUUAGUGCGGGGAGACAUGCAGGAACAUUCUUCAAUAGUGCAUCUGUCAGCAUGGCAACGUCAUGUACAGAAUAUUUUUGUAUUAUACAGACAUGUACUAAUGUUUCAAAUAAUAUUUUUGCUACAGUAUGAAUGUGUUCACGUAGUAUGUAUUUGUCAUUCCCCUGAAUGUCUUGUAAUUUGCAUCAAGUGAAAUUUCAAAGAUUGUUGGGUUGUGAUUUUUUUUAUACAAAAACUCCUUGAGUCCUCUUGGAGAAAGAGCGCUAUAUAAAUAAAAUUAUUAUUA